AUGGCUUUAAAAUAUAGUAUUUCUCUCUUUUCAUUCACUCUCUUCCUCCUCCUCUCCAUUCUUCCUUUCCUCCAUUAUGCAAAUGCAAAAGAAACUCCCAACAAAACAUCAUCCCCUUUUAAGUUCCUUGAGCAUCUCAAGGGGAGACAAAAAGGUGACAAGUUCAAAGGCCUCAAUGACCUCAAAAAUUACCUUGAAAAAUUCGGUUACUUGAACUACAAGAACCGCAGUCUUUUCAACGACGACUUUGACGACCUCUUGGAGGAAGCAAUCAAGACCUACCAGAUCAAUUACCGCCUCGAGGUCACCGGAAAAUUGGACAACAAAACCGUGUCGAAGAUGAUGAUGCCUCGUUGUGGCGUGCCGGAUAUCAUCAAUGGCACAUCGUUCAUGCGAUCAGCCAAUAAAGGGCACCACCAUGGAUCAAUUCAUACCACUGCUCUCUACUCAUUUUUCCCAGGAAGUCCAAAAUGGCCUUCCUCUAAAUACCAUCUCACCUACGGUUUUCUCCCUGGCACCCGAUCUGAAGCCACGGCUGCUGUUGCACGGGCUUUCGCGACAUGGGCAAAGAGCUCUCGCUUUACAUUCAGUCCGGCUCAAAGUUACUAUAAUGCAGAUUUGAAGAUUAGUUUUCAGAGGGGUGAUCAUGGAGACGGUGUUCCAUUUGAUGGGCCUGGAGGAAUCCUUGCACAUUCUUUUUGUCCUUCAGAUGGAAGAUUCCACUACGACGCAGAUGAUACUUGGACUGUGGGUGCUAAACCAGGUGCUUUUGACCUCGAGAGUGUGGCUUUGCAUGAAAUAGGGCACCUUCUGGGACUUCAACAUAGCUCAUUGCCGGGAGCUGUCAUGGCCCCAGGUAUUCCCCCGGGAGUGACUAAAACAAGUUUGACUGAGGACGAUGUUCAAGGAAUAAAGGCUUUAUACAACUUCUGAUCGAAGAGCACUGAUAUAUAGCUAGCUAGCUCGAUCAAACUAUACAAAUCAUUGUGUUAGUUCUUGCAACUUUUUUGUUGAUUAUGCAGUGGUUUUAAUUUAUGCCUAAUCAAAGUUAUCUUUUAAUUCUCCUUUCCUUUAUCAAAUAAGGUACACGAAUACUUUAUGGUUAGAUUUUUCAGAUUCCAAA